CUGUUUCUGCUCUUAUUUGGGCGACUCUCGAGUUGUGCCCAUGCUCUUGGCAGCUUUGUGUGAAGCGUAGCAUCGCUGGGCAGAAGAAAAUGGGGCGAAACAUGCUGCAGGCGUUCUUCUGGUUCGUCCUGGGGCUUUGGGGUCACUCGCACGGAGGAUUCCCCAACACCAUCAGCAUAGGUGGACUUUUCAUGAGAAACACCGUGCAGGAGCACAGCGCUUUCCGCUUUGCCGUGCAGUUAUACAACACCAACCAGAACACCACCGAGAAGCCCUUCCAUUUGAAUUACCACGUAGAUCACCUGGACUCCUCCAAUAGUUUUUCUGUGACUAAUGCUUUCUGCUCCCAGUUCUCAAGAGGGGUGUAUGCCAUCUUUGGAUUCUAUGACCAGAUGUCGAUGAACACCCUGACCUCCUUCUGUGGGGCCCUGCACACAUCCUUUGUCACGCCCAGCUUUCCCACUGACGCAGAUGUGCAGUUUGUCAUCCAGAUGCGCCCAGCCUUGAAGGGCGCUAUUCUGAGUCUUCUGGGUCACUACAAGUGGGAGAAGUUUGUGUACCUCUAUGACACAGAAAGAGGAUUUUCCAUCCUCCAAGCGAUUAUGGAAGCAGCCGUGCAAAACAACUGGCAAGUGACAGCACGGUCUGUGGGAAACAUAAAGGACGUCCAGGAAUUCCGGCGCAUCAUUGAAGAAAUGGACAGGAGACAGGAAAAGCGAUACUUGAUUGACUGCGAGGUCGAAAGGAUUAACACGAUUUUGGAACAGACGGUCAGCAUUGGAAGAGACUUGAAAGGAUACUAUUUUAUCAUUUUGUCUCAGGGUUUUACUGAUAUUUUGCUGGAAAGAGUCAUGCAUGGGGGAGCCAACAUUACAGGCUUCCAGAUUGUCAACAAUGAAAACCCGAUGGUUCAGCAGUUCAUACAGCGCUGGGUGAGGCUGGAUGAGAGGGAAUUCCCUGAAGCCAAGAAUGCACCACUAAAGUAUACAUCUGCAUUGACACAUGAUGCAAUACUCGUCAUAGCAGAAGCCUUUCGCUACCUGAGGAGGCAGCGAGUCGAUGUAUCCCGGAGAGGCAGUGCUGGUGACUGCUUAGCAAAUCCUGCUGUGCCCUGGAGUCAAGGAAUUGAUAUCGAGAGAGCUCUGAAAAUGGUGCAAGUACAAGGAAUGACUGGAAAUAUCCAAUUUGACACCUACGGACGGAGGACAAAUUAUACCAUUGAUGUGUAUGAAAUGAAAGUCACUGGCUCUCGCAAAGCUGGCUACUGGAAUGAGUAUGAAAGGUUUGUGCCUUUCUCUGAUCAGCAAGUCAGCAAUGACAGCGCCUCCUCAGAGAACCGCACCAUUGUAGUGACAACUAUUCUGGAAUCACCUUAUGUGAUGUACAAGAAGAACCAUGAACAACUGGAAGGAAAUGAACGCUAUGAAGGCUACUGUGUAGACUUAGCCUAUGAAAUCGCCAAGCAUGUAAGGAUUAAAUAUAAACUGUCCAUUGUUGGCGAUGGAAAAUAUGGCGCAAGGGAUCCUGAGACUAAAAUAUGGAAUGGCAUGGUUGGGGAACUUGUGUACGGAAGAGCGGAUAUAGCUGUUGCUCCACUCACUAUAACACUGGUCCGUGAAGAAGUCAUAGAUUUUUCAAAGCCGUUUAUGAGCCUGGGCAUCUCCAUUAUGAUAAAGAAGCCUCAGAAAUCAAAACCAGGCGUAUUCUCCUUUCUGGAUCCCUUGGCUUAUGAGAUCUGGAUGUGCAUCGUCUUUGCUUACAUUGGAGUCAGCGUCGUUCUUUUCCUAGUCAGCAGAUUCAGCCCUUACGAAUGGCACUUGGAAGACAACAAUGAAGAACCCCGGGACCCACAAAGCCCUCCUGAUCCUCCAAAUGAAUUUGGGAUAUUUAACAGUCUUUGGUUUUCCUUGGGUGCCUUUAUGCAGCAAGGAUGUGAUAUUUCUCCAAGAUCUCUCUCCGGGCGCAUUGUCGGAGGGGUUUGGUGGUUCUUCACCCUGAUCAUCAUUUCUUCCUAUACCGCCAAUCUCGCGGCUUUCCUGACUGUGGAGAGGAUGGUUUCUCCCAUAGAAAGUGCUGAAGACUUAGCUAAGCAGACUGAAAUUGCAUAUGGGACCCUGGACUCUGGUUCAACAAAAGAAUUUUUCAGAAGGUCCAAAAUCGCGGUCUAUGAGAAAAUGUGGUCUUACAUGAAAUCCGCAGAGCCGUCUGUGUUUACCAAAACAACAGCAGAUGGAGUGGCCCGUGUGCGGAAGUCCAAAGGGAAGUUCGCCUUCCUGCUGGAGUCCACCAUGAAUGAGUACAUCGAGCAGAGGAAACCAUGUGAUACGAUGAAAGUUGGUGGAAAUCUGGAUUCCAAAGGCUAUGGUGUGGCAACCCCGAAAGGCUCAGCAUUAAGAAAUGCUGUUAACCUGGCAGUAUUAAAACUGAAUGAGCAAGGCCUCUUGGACAAAUUGAAAAACAAAUGGUGGUACGACAAAGGAGAGUGCGGCAGCGGGGGCGGUGACUCCAAGGACAAGACCAGCGCUCUGAGCCUUAGCAACGUGGCAGGCGUUUUCUAUAUACUUGUCGGCGGUCUGGGGCUGGCCAUGAUGGUGGCUUUGAUAGAAUUCUGUUACAAAUCACGGGCAGAGUCCAAGCGCAUGAAACUCACAAAGAACACCCAAAACUUUAAGCCUACUCCUGCCACCAACACUCAGAAUUACGCUACAUACAGAGAAGGCUACAACGUGUAUGGAACAGAGAGUGUUAAGAUCUAGGGAUCCCUUCCCACUGGAGGCAUGUGACAAGAGGAAUCACUGAAACCGUGGCUGCUUCAAGGAUCCUGAGCCAGAUUUCACUCUCCUUGGUGUCGGGCAUGACACGAAUAUUGCUGAUGGUGCAAUGACCUUUCAAUAGGAAAAACUGAUUUUUUUUUUCCUUCAGUGCCUUAUGGAACACUCUGAGACUCGAGACAAUGCAAACCACCAUCGAAAUCUUUUCGCUUUGCUUGAAAAAAAAGUAAAAUAAAAACCAACCAACAAAUGGACAUGCAAGAUUCCAGUAUGUGAGGGAAAAAAAUCUUAUUAAAAAAUCAAUUCAACAAAAGCCAUUCUUUGAUACCACUGCACAGUAUAAAAACACCAUAUUCUGUAACACACACACACACACACACACACACACACACACACGCUCACACAACAAAACACAUACAAAUUUAAAAUUCCAGUUCAGCCAAUAGGCCCAUCUUAGCUAAAGUAAUCAAUUCCUCCUGACUUCAAAAACAAAACAUCUUUGACUCCCUGUGUUUGGGAAGACAGACUGGCAUUUCUCCUAGGAUCUGCUGACCCGAUGUCUUUGGUACUUCCUAUUGGUGGUGAUGUUCUGUGUACCCUAUUUCCUUUCAACGUGGCUGACGUGUAUAUCUUUAGACGAGAACCGCAACACUUGGCAAAUUCAAAGCAGUUGGGGAAAGGGCCUCAACCGUGACAUCUCUGUAUUCUAGACUUGGCUUUGUGAACCUGCACUGGUAACUUCCCACGCUGUGAAGGGAUUAACAGAGCACGGGAAUGCACUCCUGCUGGGUAGCAAGGGGACGGGCACUAUCAGGCAUACCUCUCGGUGCUUUCCCCUAAAACGGAUCCCGGGGCUUUCCAAGACGCCUGGAAUUUCCACUCACAGAUCUGUUUUUCUUGCUUCCGUGUGUAUUUUAAAGCCAAUAUCGCUGAGUAUUUUGCAUUGAGGUGCAGGAAAGGCUGCCUAUACUCCCAGAUGUGUUUAGAAUAUCUUUCUCAGAAACAACACUGUGUUUAGCUCUGCUUUCUCUGCUAAGUAUGCCUUUCAAGUGUACACCACGGAGACAGGACCACGUCGCAAGGAGGGCCAGCGAGUUCAGACCGCCGUUCUCAAUCUGACUUUAUUCUUGCUAGGUCUGGCCUGCCAGCUGUAGCCUGUUUGUGCCCGUGGCUCUCCGUCCGACUGCAUGUUUCCUUUCCUAGUCUGCAAAGAUGAAAAUGCACUCCCAGACCUACUGCUAAACCGAGGGCCUCAGCAUCACUCCUAGGCCCUUGCUUGGAGCAGUCUUUCGACGGACUCUCUUAGAAGAUCGCUCCCCUACUCCAUGGCUAUCUAGUAAGUAAUUGUGUACCUGCCAUUGACAUCAUCAGACCAGACCAAGGAAAUCGUCUCCGCUCACUAAUUACCUCCUAUAUAACAGUGUAGGCUUUUUGUAGUUCAGUAGUGGGCUCUCAUCGGUGACAUGCGUGCAUUGGGAAGUUUCCAGACUGUAAGACCGAGGAGCUCGCUCACUUUCAUUCCCCCACGUGUGACCCUUAGAUGGUUAGUGGGCGCGCUGCACAUGUGCUCUUGUCUUCAGAAGAGAAAGGAAGAAGUCUCUUUCCAAUGAAAUGCUUUCAGAAAAGUGUAAUAUAGACUUUCACACCCCCCCAAAAAAAAGUGUGUCAUAAACAAAUAACUCACCUGUCACAUCUUACAUGGUAUUGAACUAAAAAGAAAGCUGUUGUGUUUCUGUUUUGCUUUUCUGUUUGGUUUGACUUUGGGGUUUUAUUUUUGUUUUAUCACAAAACUGUGACCUUUCAACUUCCAAAUGCUAUAACGUCCCCAGCACGGGAAGCGAAUGCCGUACAAAUAUGAAGUUGUAUAAAGCAACCCAACCAACCUACACACAAAAGGUUUCAUAGGCACUGUAUAAAGAGAAUGUAUGCUUAUUGACUCAAAUCAGUUUUUCAGAGAGAUGACUUCACUGAGAUGAAGAGGCGGGUAAAUUGGUUUGAUAUUUUUUAAAAACUUGCAUGUUUAAAAAAAAAUCUUGAUUGCUUCAAAUUUCUGCUACUAACUUCAUGCUAGGGGAGUUUGGCGGUAGUCACUUGAGGAUUUUUUUUCCAAUUCUUUCUUUUUGUUGUUAAAGCUGUACUUCAGUGACAGAAAAAUUGCCAAGCAAACUAAUGGUCGUAAAAGCGUAAACUGCAUGUGUGGGCAUAAAUUACAAAGCCUCAAUGCCAUUGAGGUAUUGUACAAAGUUUUAAUACAUUUUGUAAAUAAAAUUGUAAAGAAAGA